AUGCACGGAUUUAUCUCCUCGAUCACCCUGCUCGCUGCGGUCAUUGCCUUGGUCUCUGGUGCAGCAUUUCCAGAACCAACUUCAGGUUAUCACGAAACCUGCCUCAAGCGUGACAGUCCCUGCGGUGGAAGCACUCAUAUUAACGUGGAUGUGCCAUGUUGCGACGACAUGGAAUGCGUCUUCACGUACGACAAGUCCGAUAAUUUGCCCGUCCAUGUCUCUCUGUGCCUUCCACCGCCUCCAGGAUGGUCCACUCCUCCGGUCGCUGCCCCGACUGCAUCAUUGUCUGCACGUGGUGGGAAUAAUUACGGUUGCGAUAAUUUCCAUUGUGUUCCUCCUUAUGCACACCCAGCUCGAGAUGUCGAAAUGACUGAUCGUCGCCGAGCUGGUUGCGGCUGUGAUGAUUCUGACUAA